AUGCAGCUGGAAGACUGGCUGGAUGACUUAUGCGUCCGGUUCAUAAUUAAUCUUCCCCCUGAGGAGCUGGAGUCUGUUGAACGAAUCUGCUUCCAAGUCGAAGAAGCGCAGUGGUUUUACGAGGAUUUCAUUCGUCCUCUCGAUCCAUCCCUACCGUCCCUUUCGUUGAGAGCUUUUAGUUUGAAGAUAUUUCAGCAUUGCCCCCUCUUCUCAGAAUGGUCGGCCGACAAUUAUACCGCCGCAUUUGCGGAAUUUCUCGCUUACAAGUCUCGAGUUCCAGUCCGAGGGGCAAUCAUGCUGAACGAGGAUAUGGAUCGGGUUGUCCUGGUCAAGGGGUGGAAGAAAGGAGCUAAUUGGAGCUUCCCCAGGGGCAAGAUCAACAAGGACGAGGAUGACCUCGACUGUGCUAUACGUGAGGUGUACGAAGAGACCGGCUUCGACAUCAAAGCGGCAGGAUUGGUGAAGGAGUCGAAGGACAUGAAGUACAUUGAAGUUACGAUGCGCGAACAGCACAUGCGAUUAUACGUCUUUCGAGGAGUCCCAAUGGAUACAUAUUUCGAGCCACGGACUCGUAAGGAGAUCAGCAAAAUAGAGUGGUAUAACCUGAACGACCUGCCCACACUGAAGAAGAACAAGCAGCAGGAAGGGAUGGGAGAGCAAUUGGCCAACGCGAAUAAGUUCUACAUGGUGGCGCCAUUUCUCGUCCCGUUAAAGAAAUGGAUCUCGCAGCAGCGAAAGCGGGAGAGUCGGCCGAGUUCACAACCUUUCGAAACAAUACAAACGGUUGCAGAGGAGAUAGCUCCGGAUUACGAAGCUGAUCUUACAAACGGCGUGGAUCGUCCUGCCAACAUUCCAAGCGAUCUACCAGAAGUCACUCAAACUCAAUCCCCUCCCACGGAUCCCUCUCUGCAUCUCAAGCAGAUGUUGAACAUCGGGAAUUUUCAUAAACCCAGCCAGGAGCCUUUUCCAACCUUACCACAGGUCGAUAUGGCCAAGUCGAACGCUCUCUUAGCAUUGUUACGGAAAGGUUCACGGCCAGAUAUGCCCAAUGUUUCCAAGCCAAAUACUCCCUUUGAUCAGAUGUCCUUCCCACUUGAUGUACCGAGAUCACCUCCUCAUCAUCAUCACCCUAGGCCUCCUCAGUUUUCCACUUUGCCAUCGCCACCACCAUUUCCAAUAUCUUCCUAUAUUGCCAAAAUGGAGACGGCUGUUCCUAUGAUACCGCAAGAAACACAGCGCCAGAGCUCAAUGCUUGCCCCUUCUACGUUUGCUACAGCAUCAGGCUCGUCAGACCAGACCACUAGCCGCUCGCAAAUCGCAGCUCCAUAUCGAAGAACAGGAGAUCCAGAGUUCUCCCAUUUAACACCACCACCUUCGCAAGGGCCCCGAGUGCCACCAGCGAGUGCUUUGCCACCACUUACUAACCACAAACGCGCGCUUCUUGAUGUGUUCAAAAGUGCCCAAACAUUGCAACAACCUCCAGCUGGCCCUCCCGUGUCCCCAACACACAAGCCUUUGCAUACAGCAGCACCUCCAACCAAUGGUCAACUCUCACAUACAAAAGCACCUGCACCGACUUCAAUUGACCCUUCCUCGCUGCUCCCGACACUGCUGGCUAACCGAAGUAGAGUCCAUAACCAGGAGGGAAGCGUGCCAAAACGGGAGCCAGUCGAUCAUAGGGCAAGUCUUCUAGGUCUUUUCAGACAGCUACCGCCACCAGCUGCAGAAGCUGCGCCAACCGGCCCUGCCCCUAAGACACCCCUUGCUCCGGUCGAGCUGGCAGCACUGUCUACUCCAAGCAUACAACCGGCGGAAUUGACGCAGAAGCGACUUCUGACAAGCUUGCUACAGCAGAAGUCUUCGAUUCCAAACAAGACUGCGUCACAAUCCAACAGAGAGUUUCGGGAAGGGAAGACCUCGGCGACAAUAUCCGGCCCACUCAACCAGCCACAAUUCGAAGGUAUUGCCAAAACCUUGCGCCAAUCGAGCCUGUCCGAUGGUCCCGCGAGAAGUCCAGCACCUACACACAAGGCGCUGUUCGAUCCGAACCAGCAGGUGCAGAAGAAGAUACUCAGUCGUCCUGCUGGUAGUGAACAAUCUCCAGCAAGGUCCUCGAGGUCUAAUAAGCCCAGUCAUGCUGCUUCACCAAAGAAACCUGUCCCGCGGAAAGAUGACAGCGCGAAGCAAUUUCAACCACAAAUACUUCGUCGUCCAGCUGCUGACCAACAAGAAGCGUUACCGCAGGGCACCACACAGCCUGCCCUCCAGCCUAUCCUGGACAAUCCCAAACCUGAGUCUGAUAGCCUGACAGCGCCUGCGCUUUACCCUCUACCAAAACCUCUUCCGCCGGACCGCCUCAAGCCCCAAGCUGAGAGCCACAAGCAAACCCUGCUAUCACUGUUCGGCAACCCGGCCCCUCCGCCGCAAGUCAGCACACCACGGUCCACUCGCCCAACAGUACCAACUCGCACCUCCGCAUCACCUGGCGCGUCAGGAUCUGCCACCGUCAGUCCCUUGACCGAGAAGCAUGUCUCGACGAGAUCGCGCUUGGGUAGCUUGACGAGUGUCAUAAGCACAGGGUCUCAGGCCAGACCUGUAAGAGAGAAACGGCAAACGGCUGCUAGUGACAAAGCGUUCUUGUUGGGAUACCUGAGCCGGAUUGCUAGCCAGGAGAGCUGA